AUGAAUCUCACUCAAAGUUCGUUGGAUACCAUUUCUGCCAUUUCUAAGCAUGAAACCAGUAUCCCUCAGCUCGAGAAGCUCACAUACAGAGUUUUAAACGAGACCGAUGCUACAAUCCUCGAGAAGCUCGAUCUUUACGAGUCUCUGGCACUGGAACGAGCCGUCAAAGAGUCAGAUGUGAGUGAUCUUCCCGAGGACUUGAGGGAAGCAAACAUUGAGACGCUUAAAAGUCGCGUGAAGGAGCUGGAAACGCGCUUGAACGUCCAAAGGCGCGUCACACGCGACUCCAUUGCAUCCUCAAGCAUUCUCAAUGCCAUUCACCACGGACGAGAAACAACUUUUCACGAGUCGUCACUCCUGCCACUACUGGCUCUGCGAGACGAAAAAUCACGUGACCUUCUUGACAGCCUGAUAGUCGUCACUGGUCUCCGCAAACAGCUGGAUGUAUUAAUAUGCGAGAACCGUGCUUCGCUGGACACGCAGCGGUCGAUAGUUCGGUCGAUUGAGAAGGCCAAUGACAAGAGCGCGGACCGUCAUCAAAACAACCAGGCUAUUAGUGAGCUCGAGGCCAAGCUACACAACACCAAAAACAAACGACGAGUUCUGGCAGAGAUUUUCACAGCUCUGAUCACCGCCUCUGGGAUCGAUUGGUGUGAGGACGAGGAUUUGGUUCAGCUGAUUGUUGGCGCAGGAGAGCUGAACAGGUAA